UCGACGCUGCAGCUGAGGCACUGCUGUGGUGGCUUCUGAGGCUGCUGACCCGCGCGUGAGGGAGCUGCGGCCCGGUCCCCGCUUUCCCCACGCACAACCAUGAAGUUGAAGGAGACAAAAUCAAGGCCAAAGCCACCAAGCCGUGGCAAAUUUCAGACCAAAGGCAUCAAAGUUUUGGGGAAAUGGAAGCAGGUGAAGAUUGACCCAAACAUGUUUGCAGAUGGACAGAUGGAUGAUUUGGUAUGCUUCGAGGAACUGACAGAUUAUCGAUUGGUCUCUGCUGUCAAGAAUCCCUCCAAUCUCUUCUCAAAGGAGAAGCUCAAGAAGAGAAAGGUACAAGCUGGUUCAGAAGAAGAGGAAGGAGAGUCUGGUUCUCCAAAGAAAAAGAUCAAAUUGAAGAAGAGUAAAGUUGUGGUACCAAUUACUGAAGAAAUCAUUACUACCCAGAAAGACUUUGAAGUCAAAGAUGCUGAGCCAGAGCCUCAGGGAGAUGACACUAUUUGUCCUGAUUCAGAGGUAGGGGAGAUAGCAUCAGAAAGCCCAGAACAUACUGUUCCAAAAAAGAAGAAAAACAAAGGGAAAAAAAGAUUAGAGCCUUCGCAGAGCACUGCCCCCAAGGUACCAAAAAAAGCAAAGACAUGGAUGCCUGAGGUACAUGACCAGAAGGCAGAUGUGUCAGCUUGGAAGGACCUGUUUGUGCCCAAACCAGUUCUCCGAGCACUCAGCUUUCUAGGCUUUUCUGCACCCACACCAAUCCAAGCUUUGACUUUGGUACCUGCCAUCCGUGACAGACUGGACAUCCUCGGGGCUGCUGAGACAGGAAGUGGGAAAACUCUUGCCUUUGCCAUCCCAAUGAUUCAUGCAGUGUUGCAGUGGCAUAAGAGGAAACCUUCACCCAUCCCAAGUAACACUGGAGUGCCACUUGGAGAGACUUCGGCUGGAACUGAGACUGGAUCACCAAGUGAGGCCACUACUGGGUCUGGAAUGUUGCCUGAUGAGACAGUAAUUGAGAGUGAAGCUCUGCUCCCUGAGGCUGGAACUGAGGUCGGAGGCAAGAUCAGUGCCUCAGUCUCUGACCAGGCACCAUUCUGUGAUGAUGAUGCUGGUGAAGGCCCUUCUUCCCUGAUCACAGAUAAGCCUGUCCCCAAACAGAAUGAGGACAAAGAGGAAAAGCUUGAUGAAGAGCAGACUGGAAAGUUAAAACAGGAGUUGGUAGAUAGCAAAAUUGCUCCCUGUAAAUCACAUCCAAAGCGUCCUCUGCUUGGCCUGGUUCUGACUCCUACUCGAGAGCUGGCCGUCCAAGUCAAACAACAUAUUGAUGCUGUGGCCAAGUUUACAGGAAUUAAAACUGCUAUUUUGGUUGGUGGCAUGUCCACACAGAAACAGCAGCGAAUGCUGAACCGCCAUCCUGAGAUUGUGGUGGCCACUCCAGGUCGGCUGUGGGAGCUAGUUAAAGAAAGGCACCCUCAUUUGAGCAACCUUCGGCAGCUCAGGUGCCUGGUAGUGGAUGAGGCUGACCGAAUGGUUGAGAAAGGUCAUUUUGCUGAGCUCUCACAGCUGCUGGAGAUGCUUAAUGAUUCCCAGUAUAAUCCAAAGAGACAGACACUUGUUUUUUCUGCCACACUGACACUGGUACAUCAAGCUCCAACUCGAAUCCUUCAUAAGAAGCACAUAAAGAAAAUGGACAAAACUGCCAAACUUGACCUCCUCAUGCAGAAGAUUGGCAUGAGGGGCAAGCCAAAAGUCAUUGACCUCACAAGGAAUGAGGGUACAGUUGAGACACUGACGGAGACCAAGAUCCAUUGUGAGACGGACGAGAAAGACUUGUAUCUGUACUACUUCCUGAUGCAGUAUCCAGGUCGCAGCUUAGUGUUCGCCAACAGCAUCUCCUGUAUCAAACGGCUCUCUGGGCUCCUCAAAGUCCUGGAUAUCAUGCCACUCACCCUGCACGCCUGCAUGCACCAAAAACAGAGGCUCAGAAAUCUGGAGCAGUUUGCCCGUCUGGAAGACUGCGUUCUCUUGGCAACAGAUGUGGCAGCCCGGGGUCUGGAUAUUCCUAAAGUCCAGCAUGUCAUUCAUUACCAGGUCCCUCGCACCUCAGAGAUUUAUAUCCAUCGAAGCGGACGAACUGCUCGAGCCACAAGUGAAGGCCUAAGCCUGAUGCUGAUUGGGCCUGAGGAUGUGAUCAACUUUAAGAAGAUUUACAAAACCCUUAAGAAAGAUGAGGACAUUCCACUGUUCCCUGUGCAGACAAAAUACAUGGAUGUAGUCAAGGAGCGAAUCCGUCUAGCUCGACAGAUUGAGAAAGCCGAGUACCGGAACUUCCAGGCUUGUCUGCACAACUCUUGGAUUGAGCAGGCAGCAGCUGCCCUGGAGAUUGAACUGGAAGAAGAGAUGUAUAAAGGAGGAAAAGCUGACCAGCAAGAAGAGCGUAGGCGACAAAAGCAGAUGAAAGUCUUGAAGAAGGAGCUUCGUCACCUGCUCUCCCAGCCAUUGUUCAAAGAGGACCUGAAAACCAAGUAUCCCACUCAGUCUGGCAGACUGCCCCAGCUCACAGCUGCCCCAAGGACUGGCGAGUCAGCACUGAGCUGCCUCUCCAAACAGAAGAAGAAGAAGAAGAGGCCAAAAGAGCAGCAGCAAGGACUGCCGCAGCCAAGUACAAGUGCAGAGUAACUGCCCCUGGUCAGUGUUGGUGUCUGCACAUGGUGUCUGUUCUCUGGUUGUAUGCGAAAAGCUUCUUCCCACCCUUGUGCUUCACUCAGUUUCAACCCAUUAGGAAAAUUUCCUGCUCUUUCCCCAUAGCAGGAGGGGUCUCAGGCAGGUUUACAUUGUUUUGGAGUAAAUCCUGCAUAGCAGCUUGUUGUUCUGUAUUCCAGUGUAUACAGGCUUCUUAUGUGUCACAGGCUUCUUUGAUUUCCUGAAUUAAAAACAAUGGUCAGAGACA